CCCACGUGCGCACCGGAGUGAAGGAGUCAGACAACGACAGCUCGGUUAGACUUGGAUCCACAAACAGGGACAAUGACAGGGAAUCACUGGGGAUAUGGAAAAGAGGACGGUCCUUCUGUAUGGCACAAAAACUACCCUGUUGCUCAGGGGAACCGGCAGUCUCCCAUUGACAUCAUACCUCAUCAGGCUUCACAUGACCCCGGUCUGGGCCCGAUUGUCCUAAACUACGAUCAGUGUACCUCCGUCAACAUUGCUAAUAAUGGACACUCUGUAGUUGUGGAGUUUGAGGACUUGGAUGACCGUUCAGUGAUCCAGGGAGGCCCUCUUGACAACCCCUACAACUUGAAACAGUUUCACUUCCACUGGGGCGGAAAGGGCUGCCAUGGCUCGGAGCACACUGUUGCAGGGAAUAGCUUCGCAUCUGAGCUUCACUUAGUACACUGGAACGCUGUCAAGUACAAGACGUUUGGGGAGGCGGCAACAGCUCCCGAUGGCCUCGCUGUCCUCGGCAUCUUUUUAGAAACAGGUGACGACCACAGAUGGCUCCACAUGAUCACAGACGCUCUGUACAUGGUGAAAUUUAAGGGCAGCGUCACAGAUUUCAAAGGUUUCAACCCCAAGUGCCUCCUACCCAGCAGCCUACACUACUGGACCUACCUGGGAUCUCUGACCACGCCCCCCCUACAUGAGAGUGUCACCUGGAUUGUCCUGAAGGAGCCAAUCAUUGUAUCUGAAAAACAGCUGGGCAAGUUUAGGAUGCUUCUGUUCACUGGAGAGGAAGAGGAUCAGAGGAUACGCAUGGAAAACAACUUCAGGCCUCCCCAGCCUCUCAAAGGCAGGAAAGUGCGUUCCUCCAAUUAAACGUGACCUCAGGGGAUCUGAAAUCAUAGAUGACAAAAAGCUCUUUUAGACAACAGUGAAUGCAUUAAUCUGAGUGUAAUGUUUACCUCAUGGUAGCUUGUCCUGAGGAGGAUUUCAGAUUUACUUUGUACAGAAGGGAAAAAAGUUCAGGGAGUAAUUCUCAUCACUGCCGGCACAUUGAGAUGCAUGUUUCCCUCUGCUGGUCAGAAGCUUCACUGGCAGAGGGAGGAAUUGGAUUCUGAAUGAUUUUUAGGGAAAAAUAAAAUGGAUAUUAUAAAGCAAUAUAAUAUUAAUGUCAAUAGGUUUAUUAUUUGACUAAAACUACUAUGUGGCAUUAUCUUAUUAUUAUGAGCUAUACUUAAAUGAAAAUUCAAAUGUUGGAUGUGUACUUGUACUUUCAUAAGCUGUUCAAGGACAACAAGUGUUGCUGUGGCAACAAGGUGCUACAUCAACUAGCAGCAAAUUCUUGUACGGUGCUAUUAUAUGUAUGUAACUGGAAAAUCCAUAUACCAGUCAGUUGCUGUUUGCAGACUGGUAUCGCACCACUCUGCCGUCUGCAGAUGCACAGCCUCGGCCUCCAUACUGAUCCCAACUGAUCCCUCGUUGAUCCAGCCUAUUGCUGGUGGAUUCCCAGUCCUUCUGGCCACAGAGCCCUUCCAGUCCAGCAAAUGCAACUGGAGGUGGGAUUGGAUUAGUGCUGCAUUUGCUUUAACUGGUCUGUUUGGCCAUGACAGAGGGCAUGAAAGGCUCAGGUCCUUUGGAGCUCAAGAGACUGAGAUAUUCACCCCCAGCGGACUGAUUUAUUAUUUUUAGCAUGCUCUCCAGAUUAAACCAAAAAUCUAUAUUCACAACUAUUUCUCUUAUAGGAUUUAUUAAACUCCAGGAGCCCCUAACAAGAGUCCAAUUAACUAAUUUUGACUUUUUUUCCUCAAUCAAUCUUCAUUCGUACUACCUAAAGUGUCACAUUUCCUGGUCCAGUGUUUCUGCUAUAGGCAGGAGGUAAUGCACACUGUUAUUAACAGCUCUCCUCUGAAGCUACGCAUGUAAGAACACUAUAUGCACAGUCCAGUAUGUAAAACCCUGCAAGAGGCCCUGGUGACUCACUUGGGUGAGUUAUGGCAGCUUUGUGCAAUGCUGGUACUUAUUUAGAUGGACUUGGAUGUUACUAAUGCAGAGGUAUAUGGCAGGGAUAAACUUAUGUUGUUCUCAGACAACAAAACACACACAUGAAUAAAAAGCACCUCAGUUGUGGUUAGUUUAUGGUGAUGUGAAAGAACAUUUAAAAAAUGUCAUUUUUGGGUGGUUUGAAUAUGUUUUGUAAUGCAUUCAAAAUCAUUUGAAGUGGUCCUAUCAGAUUUGUAGAUUAACAUUU